AGGAGUUCAAACCCUCGGCCGCCCGAAAACCACGCCGAUACGCUGAGAAGAGUUCUGCCGCAAAUGCGUCCGGCGUUGCCGCGAAGCAACGGCCGCAGCGGUGGAAGACCAGUAGUCAGAGCAGCAGCAGCAGCAGCUGCAGCAGCAUCAUCGUCCUGACGAGUCUUGACGCGAGCGAGUAGGAGCUGGUCAUCGUGAUCGUCAGCAAGCUCGGCCGCUUCCGUCUCCGCGACGACGUUGGCUGCGACACGACGCACGUCGUCUGCGGUCGCGAGCGCCGCACGCUGAACGCGCUCAUGGCGAUCGCGCGCGGAUGCUGGGUCGUCUCCGUUGCGUGGGUGCUCGAGUCGCUCGAGUCUGGCGCAUGGCUCGCCGAGACACCCUACGAGUGCGUCGCGUGGUUCCCGGCCGCCUGGCUUGCGUGCGCCGAGUGGGAAGCGGCCGGCGGUGGCGACCGCUACCGGCAGGCGGUGUUUGCGCAGUGUGGCCGUGUUCACAUUGGCAACAUGGACGCUCCAGAAGAGAAGAUGGUCACCCUGCUACAGCAGUGCGGGGCGGAGGUAACCGCGUGCCAUCGCAAGGCCGACGUCUGUGUUGGCGGGCGGACGAGCAAUGUUAUGCUCAAAUGUUUAAAUAUGCAUUUUCGACAUUUUAAUAAAUUUUUAUUGAAACCAGAAUAAUUAAUAGUACAAUCUUUUUCAUUCAAAAAUGCCCAGCCCACACACUGAUA